CAAUUUCAUCACACCAGAGCAACACACCUGUCUGAAGACCAGGAACUUUAUGAAAGUUACUGUAUUUUAAGUUCUUCGUGUACAGGACGGUACAGAAUGCUUGAAAGCCUUGUUUCAGGCAUCCUCAAUCGAAUUCUUGGUUCUUACGUAGACAACUUUGAUCCUAAACAGCUGAACAUCGGUGUAUGGUCUGGCAAUGUCAAGUUACACAAUCUAAAGAUCAAGCCGGAGGCUGUCGACAAAUUUGGGUUACCAGUAUCGAUUAUUUCUGGAGUCAUUGGGACCUUAAACUUGGAAAUUCCAUGGCAAAAUUUACGAAAAAAGCCUCUUAAAGUACGGUUAGAAGAUAUCUACUUACUUGUUUUCGCUCGAAAUGAAAACAGUAUCUCAGAAGAACAAAUCGAAGCCAACAAACAAAGUCUAAAGCAAGAAAAGCUCGGGCGCUUUGAGUUAGUUCGCAGAAAUGUGGGUGUUCCGAAGAAGCUUCCGGCGAGCAAGAAAGUCUCUUUCAUUGAAUCUCUUAUUACAAAAUUAACGGACAAUUUGCAACUUUCUAUUGAACGCAUCCAUGUUCGAUAUGAGGAUACCCUAAGCAGCAUCGAACGUCCAUUUGCUUUGGGCAUCACUUUACACGAAGUUUCCGCCUUGUCCACUAAUAACAGUACGCUGCUACAAUCAAUGGGCUUGGAUCCAUCGCAGUAUAUUUUUAAAAACUUACUUCUCGAUAGCUUUUCUCUUUAUUGUCACUCGGAUUCAAGGUCUGUGUAUUCAGAAGACAGUGCCACUUUAUUGCAAAAUCUGAAAAACAGUAUCCCGCGAUCGGAACAUCCAUGUGAUCAUCAUUAUAUUCUCAACCCUGUUAUGGGCUCUGGUUAUAUCAUUAUAUCUCGUCAACCUAGCCUGAGUGAACCUCGUUUACGGUUUGCUGUGGAAUUCGAUGAAUUGGCUUUCACUUUAAAUGAUGGUCAGUAUAGCAACUUUCUUAACAUGGUUGACUAUUUCAAGGUGUUUCUAUGUCACCAACAGUAUAUUCAUUUUCGGCCGAAAGUUUCGUCUCGCGCUGACCCCUUGGCAUGGUUUCGGUAUGCCAUAGUUGUCGUCAAGGAGUCGAUACAUAAUCGGAAUUACCAAUGGACAUGGGAAUACUUUAAGAAACGUAGGGACAUCCGACUUGAAUAUGUACAACUAUAUUACAAAAAGAUUAAACACAAGGACUUGUCAAAAUCCGAAAAACAACGAUUAAAUGAACUUGAACAUGAUAAUUCUGCUGAUGACUUAAUAACGUAUCGUUCUAUUGUCUAUAAAAAACUUGAACGAGAAGUUGCAGACACAAGGGAGCAGGGUUCCUGGAUGGGCCGUAUUUCUGCUAUUAUUACAAGAAAGAAGGAACCACACGAACUUGAACAGCGAGAUCCGGACGACACUAGUGAUGAUUCGUAUUCAUCUCUCGUAUUUACAGACGCUCAGAAACAAGAGUUUUACUCGGCCAUUGAAUAUAACGACGAAACUGAUAAUAUUGCAUCUUCUCAUUCUCCAAGUUAUGUGCUUGCUGAGUUCUCUCUAAAAGUACAUAAGGGGGGACUUUCCUUGAUUACGGGAUACAGCAAAGAAAAGAAAAGCCUACUGAUGGAAAUAACCUUCCAAGAGUUUGUCCUCAAUAUUUUUGCGCGCUACUCUUCAAUUCGGGCUGAAGCUUCACUUGUUGAUCUAAACAUGAUUGAUGGUGUUACGCGGUCGAAUGAACUGCCGAUGACUGUAAUAUGUGUGAAAGAAAGAGGUGGACGCCAUAUUGGAAAUGUGCCUUUGCCUAAGCAGCUACAAAAUUGUCUCUUUUACUUCAAUUUUGACACUUUAUCUAACAACAAAAGUGCCAGUUCUAAACUCGAAAUUUAUUUGAAACGGCUGUUGGUCUUGUACCAUCGCCGCUGCGUGGAAUCAAUUAUAUUAUUCCUUAAACCUCCCCGCGUGAAGCUUGAACAUGUCUCCGUCUGGGGAGCUGCUGCCGCGGAGGCAUUAAUGUCAUAUGCUAAGCAAUCAAGAGCAAGCUUGGAUUUUGCGUUGGAGAAUCAUAAGUCAAUUGAUGUCUUUAUCGAUAUUCAAGCACCUCUUAUUGCUGUUAGAGAAAACCCAAAUUCAGAUUCCAGUGAUUGUCUGAUUCUUGAUAUCGGUCGUGUUAUUGUACAUUCUCAGCUUCUGGAUCCUGCAACAAUCAAUAAGUUUAAAAGUCUUCAGAGCCAACAAAUCAAUCGUGAACAGUUCGUGGAACUUCAAAAUCUUAUGUACGAUAAAUUUCUAGUAUCGUUAAUAUCCACGAAAUGUGUCAUCGCCCCUUCUUUUGAUAUUGCAUUGGAAGCCAUUGACAAGCCCUCGCCUCAUCAUAUACUGAAAGAAUGUUCUUUGGAUAUUUUGAUUGAAGUUUGCAUUCUUCCCUUGGCUGUAAACUUUACUCGUUUCCGAGUUUCCAGUCACAUGGACUUUGCUGAAAUCGGUUUCACUGAUAUUCAGUAUAAAGUUUUCAUUAGUAUUAUGUUAAAUCUUUUACCGACAUUUCCGGAAGCUGAGGUUACUGACAUUGAGUUCUUUAAUACACUUAUCACAAAGAGUACAUCUGGAACUCCUUCAUAUAGAUCCUUGACUGAUUUAACAACAGAACAAGAGUCUGGCUCAGACAACGCGGAAUUUGUGGAUGCUGUUAGUGAAACCAAUGAAGCUCAAUUUCUUGCUCAGCAGCUAUUUGCGUUUGAUUUUGACGUGAGUGAUGUUGUUUUGACGGCUUAUAGACUUGACAACGACAAAAUUGUUCCGAUUCUCCGGGCAACCUUUCAUUUUAUCGUGGACCUUCGAAUUCGCCAUUUUGAUUAUUCAGUCGCGGUUGAAUUACGUCGUUUCACUGCUCGAGAAUUUGCUCAGAGUGGAAACUUAUUUAACAAUGCAUUAAUCUCAUCUCUGCCUUCGCCAAGUAAUGAGAAAAAUAGCAGUGUUAAAAUUGAAUAUACGUGCAUCGAUCUUGAUUCUCCAGAAUUUGAAUCAGUUUAUAAGGGAAUUGAAUCAACUGUCAAUAUCACCAUUGAACAAAUACAGUUUAAUGUUGUUCCUUCCAGUUUUUUGGUCAUUUAUGAAUACAUUACAUCUACGUUUCCAAAUUCACAGAAUCCUCUCUUAAAAUUACGUUACGUUGAGCCCCCUGAAUUAAGAAGGCAGUUGCCUGCGAACGCAAAUGAUGUGCAGCAAAUGGAUGUGAAUAUUCGAUUUGAUCGUUUAGAUGUUGUUCUUUACAAUGAAGAUGGUCAUUUUUCGACCGUUUCAUUGAUUGAAGCUCUUCUUCAUUUUGAGCUUACUAAUGAUUUGGCUUAUGUUGCUAAACUCUCGCAGAUUUCUGUUUUCGAUUACGAACAUAGUGCAAAGGGAACACCUGUUAUUACAAUUCAUAAUGAUAACUUCAUCGAUCUAGAGUAUCGAAGUCAACAGAUAAAUGUUCCUUCCCAGUAUCCUGUCUAUGAUUCCCAUAUGAAAUUAACUGUUGGUUCUUUGAAUCUGUUCUUUGAAGAACGUUUUUUUUCAACGUUUUACUCUUUCCUUCUAAAAUUGUCGAAGUUAAAAUCUCUUCUGGAUACUGCAGAAAGGUUGACAUUGAACCAGCUUUCAACAGAAGAUCAAGAAGGAAAGUUUACAUUUGAGGUCAAGCUUCACAGUCCAAUUGUGCAUUUUGAGACUGUUCUUCCCCACAAAAACAAUGACACGAUAACAUUGAUUAUCAAGCCAGGAGUCUUCAAGUUUUACAAUACCUUCGACUACUUUGAUAGCAAAGAAAAGCAAUUGGUGUGCAUCGAUAUAUAUAAUGUCAAUGCAUGUACACAACCAGCUAAUUCUGAUGACGUGGAAGCUCUGCUGGAAGACACAAAUUUUUCCUUCAAGUUUAUAUACAUUCAUGAGGAAGGUCAACAACACGACAUCCUCAGUAUUGAUGGAAUAACUGCGCCAAUUGAUGUUCACUUAAGUGAAGAUCAGUAUCUCCUUUUCUGGGAUUUUUUCUAUGGAAUAACGGGAUUUUACAAAGUGGAUGAGGAAAAAAUGAGUAAUAAAGUACUAAUUGGAGAGCUGCAAAAUGUCGUUUUAAUGGAGACGGAAAUCUCUAAACGAAUUCCUUUAGAACAGCAACCGUAUUCUAUCGAAACAAAAUUAAGAAUUCCUCGUCUUUCUUUCUCGUUAUUCAAGAAGUCUUCCCUUUUGAAUGAUGAUUUUCGAAAGAGGAUUCAUUCAAUUGUUAACUUUCUGGAUUUAACCGUAUCAUUCGAUGUUCGUAUUGACGGAAGUACUUACACUGAAGUAAAAGUGAGAGACUCUGAAGUGACUGACGCAAGAUACAAAACUAAUAACUGCUAUCCCUUGUUAUGUCGACCGUCAUCUCCUACGGAACAAUAUUUAAUGAUGAGUUUAUACAUGCCUUCUGAUCCGGUACAAAGAACAAUACUUCUCCUUGAUGUUGAUUCUGCCUCAGUUGUUGUCAACCGGGAGUAUUGCCUAUCUUUAAAAGAUUUACUUUCGAAGUGGAAUGUCACGUACACAAAACUAGUCAAGUUACGGAAUCUUACAAAGGCUGUUGAGAUGAACGACCCCUCUGAAUUAAGGUCCAAGGUGCUAGACGAGAAUGAUUCUUCGUGGCAUUAUCGAGUGACUUUCGCAGACCUAUCAUUAAUAUUUUUAGAGGAUGGAACUCAAGAAGCGACAAAAGCUUUAGAAGUUCGUUUUACAGAAUUAUUGAUGACACAACAGUCUGUCUUUGUGCUAAAUUCUGACAGAAUUUCGGUGUAUUCUGCGUUCAUGGACAAGUUUCAAGAAACGCGUACCCGUGUAUUCGACGAUUUUCAGCUAAGAUUUACAUAUUCUGUUAACAGAAUUGAGUCUGAGCAAAUUAUAACAUCUGCGGCAUUAGAUUUUGACCCGUUAAUUUUACGUACAACUUUAACAGAUUUAAAAUUUGUGUACAAAAUGCUCUCCAUGGUAUACUAUUUCUACUAUGAACUUUAUGAAGUUCCACCUAUCUCUGAAAAUCUAGAAGCUUUGCUCGAACAAAGCUUAAGGCUUUUUAGGGCUAUCGAAAAACCAGAAGCGAAUAUGGCACUUACAUUUGCAAUAUGCAAGGAAGAAUUUAAUCUCUCGAUUGGAGGGAUUAAAAUUCUUCUAAUUAGUGAACACUUUGAUCUACCAAUUUUAAAUCUGAACAUCAACAGUUUUGUUAUUGAAUUCUCAGAUUGGUCUUCAGAAUUCAACGUAAACACUAAUUUAGCAUCAUAUGUUAGUUUCUAUAAUUUUGCAAACUCACAUUGGGAGCCGUUAUUAGAACCUUGGAAGGUAACUUUACAUGUGGCACGAAGUCAGGCUUAUGAUAAAACAAUAUUUACUAUCAUUUCAAGAAAGACACUUGAAGUGGUUUUGACACCACAGCUUUUAGAAACACUCUUGCUCGGUUUCAAGAAGACAAAGGAUGAGACUGCAAUAAGCACUAACAAAAGUGAAGCCCCGUACCGGAUAAAGAAUGUUACUGGUUUCGAUGUCAAUAUUUGGUCAGACUUUGAGGGUACAGUAACUCAAUUUGCGUACAAGCUCAAUAAUGGCGAAGAGACCGAAUGGAAAUUUGAGGAAUGGCGACAAAUAAAUAAUGCUCUCGAUACUGAUCAGGAGCGAUCUUGCAUAGGGUUGAAGUUUGACGGACCGGAAAAUUGGAACACAUUGAGAAGAGUACACGUAAAUCGUGUUGGUGAACAUUUACUCCCUCUUAUCGCUCAUGAUUUUACCAAAGAAUACCAUAUAGUUGCUGAAAUUACUCUUUCAAAAGAUUAUGUUAAGCACAUUGUAUUGCGGUCUGCUGUUCUCAUUCUCAACGAAACGCAUAUGGAUUUAGAAGUCUUAGUCGGUGAACUCGAGGGCGGCGGAAGUACCCGUAUCUAUAAAGUUCGUGCUGGUGAAACAUUCAGUCCAACAAUUCGUGAAGCGUAUGAAGAACGAGUCCGUGUUCGUCCCCCAAGAAGUCUUAACUAUGCUUGGUCAAAUGAAUCUUUAUACUGGAAAGAUUUAUUGGACUGCUCGCCAAAACUAGUCACUUGCAACUUGUUAACAGAUGCAGCGUCUAAAUGCAAUUUUGCUGUGACCACAAAGCAAAUGCAUAAGAAGUCAAGUUAUAUAUAUCCAUACCUUCAUUUGCAUAUUACCGCAACACUCGAAGUUGAAAAUCUGCUUCCUUUUGAUAUCCAGAUUCGAAUAGUGGACAAGGAAACUCAAGGUAUAACUCUACACUCGAUCGAGAAACGUGCUUGUCUUCCCAUUCAUUCUGUUGAGCUGGAUCACUUAUUGCUCCUGCAAUUGCAAUUAUUUACUCCUGAUUUCCACAGUAGUUCUUACCUCCCUAUCUCCCACCAAGAUGAUUCUGAUUGUAAGCAUGACAAGACUUUAAGCUUACUAAGUGUUGAUGGGAGAACUACUAGAAUUGGUGCUCAUUUUACUGAAAUCCAUCCAGGGAUUUACCGCGUUGGCAUUUAUAGCCAUUAUAUUAUCCUGAACAAAUGUCGAAUCCCGGUCAAUGUUCGUUACAAGAAUGAGUCUCAUUCUCAAAGGACGAGUACUUGUGUAGUCCCCGCUGCUAAGGGUGAGAAAGCUGUUCCUUUUCUUUUCUCUUAUUGGAAGGAUGAUAGAAAAAACCGUGCUAUGUUGUCUUGUGAAUUUUCCAGGUGGAGUGAGAAAAUUAGUUUUGACGCUAUUGGAAGUGCUUAUGAAGUUGAACUCGAGAGCAUAUCAGGUUUGGGAAUAAUGAAGCUUGGAGUUGAUGUUGAAAGCGGACCAGGUAUAUACAGAAUGACCAAGGUUAUUACAAUUACACCCCGGUUUAUACUGCGUAAUCUGUGCCCUCUAAAUCUGAAGAUUUCUGACUUAACACGCGGUAAUGGAUUGCUGCUAAAGGCUGGUUCUUGUGAUUAUAUUCGCUUUAUGAAUAAGGCUUCAGAUAAUUUUGUAAUGCUUGCUGCUGAAGGUUCGGAUUCUUGGACUUCUCCCUUAUGCAUUGAAAAUUUGGGAACAACACACAUUAUUUUAUCACAAAACAGCAUGGACACACUCAUAAAAGCCGAUAUCAGUUUGGUUAAGGGUGCGAUCAUGAUAAAACUCAAAGAAGAAACAAAGCAAUGGCCAUUUGCAAUACGCAAUGAGACCGACUAUUCAUUUGAGUUUUGGCAAGCCGUUCCGGAUUACAACGAAAAGUUGCGGGUAACUGGACUGACCAAUUCAAGACGAAAACGUUACGUGCUUGGUCCGAAUUCAAGAUUGAACUACUCAUGGGAUUUUCCGGCGGCACAGAAUAAGGAUAUCUUAUUGUCGCAUGGAAAGCAAGAAUAUUCUACUACCCUAGCUGAAAUCGGAGCGCUAUUGCCUCUUCGAUUCUUCGACGAACAUGGAAAGGAAUUCUUCAUUUCUCGUGAUAUAUAUAAUGAGAAAGGCCAAACUGUACUUGUUUUGCGUAAUUACAACUCUGAAACGAGUGUUUACAAGCAGAAGAAGCGUGUGAAUAAGAAAAAGGCUGCGCUUGAGCAUGUUUUUGAGUUGGAAAAGGUUGGAAAUGACGUCCAGUUUAGCUUUCAGCUGAAAGUUCAAGGACUGGGUAUUUCCUUGGUCAAUGAUAAGACCCAGGAACUGCUUUAUUUAAGCCUUCGAGAUAUUAUAUUCGCUUUUAACGACUCGCCUACUACACAAACAUAUAGACUUGAAGUCAAGUGGUUGCAGAUUGACAAUCAGCUUUACGGUGGUAUUUACCCGAUUGUACUGUAUCCUACAGUUAUUCCUCAGGUUGGAACUUCUGAAAAUACGGGAUCAUAUCCACCGGCUUUUUAUGCCAUGGUUUCAAUUUUGAAAAAUACUACCUACGGAGUGACAUAUGUCAAGUAUGCUACAAUGCUUCUACAGGAAUUAAGCGUCGAAAUUGAUGAGGAUUUUGCGUUUGCUAUGUUGGACUUCAUGAAAUCAGCUUGGAAAAACUAUAACGAUAAUGAGAAUGAUGAACUCUUUAAUGAUGCAUUACAGGUAGACUCGACGGUCUCUUCUGAACAGGGUAACGCAAUUUAUUUUGAGUUAAUACACUUACAACCUGCUCAAUUGAACUUGUCAUUCAUGCGAACUGAGCGGAUAAAUAGGGAUAUAUCCGACAAGGUUCCUUCAAGAAGUCCUUUUGUAUUUCUUUUUAAUGUCUUAUCGAUGGCUAUCGGCAGUAUUAAUGAUGCACCUCUGCGCAUUAAUUCUCUACUAAUGGACAAUGUUCACUUAACAAUUCAACGCAUGUCGGAACUUAUAAAAAAUCACUACAGUCAAGAGCUGACAUUUCAAAUUCAUAAAAUUGUUGGUUCUGCAGACCUAUUGGGAAAUCCAGUUGGAUUGUUUAAUACUGUUUCUUCUGGCAUUGCUGAUAUAUUUUACGAACCUUACCAUGGUUUUGUACUGAGUGAAGGAUCCUAUGACUUUGGAAUGGGUGUUGCCAGAGGAACAGCAAGUUUCGUAAAGAAGACUGUAUUUGGUAUUUCCGACAGUAUAUCGAAAGUUACUGGAAGUAUAUCUAAAAGUCUCAGUAUGGUAACUUUAGACAAAAAGUUUCAGACUCGUAGGCGAAACGCUCGAAUCAGAAACAGGCCGGAGCAUGUUCUUUACGGUGUUACUGCUGGCGCAAUAUCUCUAAUAACUGGUUUUCGAAGUGGAAUAACUGGAGUUGUAAUGCAACCGUGGAUUAAUACUCGCGCACAUGGAGUUCCUGGAUUUUUUGAAGGAGUCGGAAAAGGAAUCCUGGGCCUUACAACAAAGCCCUUGGUGGGUUUGUUUGAUUGUGCUUCAAGUUUAUCGGAAGGCGUGCGAAAUACUACUACAGUCUUUGACGGUAAAAACAUUCAACGAGUGAGAAUGUCACGGCUCAUAAGUAAGGAUGGCAUUGUUUAUCCAUACAGCAGUCGUGAUGCAUUAGGUCAAUUUUGGAUGAAGACUUUAAAGAAUGGCAGAUACUUCCGCGAUUAUUAUAAAGCAUUUGCCAUCACCGAUAACGGUACAGUUGUAAUUUUAACGGACGCACGCAUCAUCUUUAUGAAAACCAAUCGUCUUCGUACAAUUAAAGAACGCGAUAUAGACGAGUUGGAGUCUGUUCAUAUCGUGAAAGACAAACUGAUAUUGAAGUUUGUUGGUCAAACGAAACAGCUUUCAUUUUCUCAUUUGACGACACGGAAUUAUAUGGCUGCAAAGAUACAAAAUGUCAUUGCGGCUCUCAAGCAUAGUAUUGCUUACAGCCAGGAUGAAUAAGCCUUGUCGCACAUAGUGAAGCAAGACAGCUAAUUAAUUUUCAGCCUCAAUUCACUAGGACCUUUUUUUAAUGAUCAUAUCAAAAGUCCUAUUUUUCUUAAUGCAACAAAAUUUGUGUAUACUCGAUUCAGUUUAUGUUAUGAUUCAUGUUUUAAUUUUCAUAAUCCCAAUUCUUUAAUAAUUAAAAACACUUAGAUAAAAGAAUUAAUUUAAGUAUAAAUUUAAUUAUGAUAAAGAGUUUUGUUUACCUUCCCAA